UCUUACAGUGACCUGCAGCCAUUUACCGAUUUGUAUCGACAUCCUCCUGGAACAGCGUUUGACCUAACUUCUGCUCCUGUGAUCUUGCAUCUUCAAAAAGACCUCUCACUCUUGGAAGUUGUAGAAGCAGCAGGAGACUGUAUGGAUAACUGCGAUUAUAAGAUAAUCCAUCAGAUGAUCAUGGCAGGGACAGGUGUGCAAGAAGCAAAAGAUUUGUGUCAGUCUUAUGCUUUGUCGGCACUAAAGGUCCUUCAGGAAUUUGAAGCUUCAGAUGCUCGUACAGCCCUAGAAAAUAUAGUUAAUGCAUUGAGAAUUUAUUAAAUGGGAUGAAGAGGAAGCUGUAAAUGUUCUCUUUGGAU